AUGCUGUUUCCGCUUGUGGCGCUGCUUUCGCUGUGCGACGCCGCGCUGCUGCGGGCGAAUUCCCCGCAACCCGUGGUGGUCAGGCUCAGGAGGGAUCACCUUCAACACCACCGCCAUGGUAUCACGAUGUCUGCCAGCUCAGGCCUGGGCGCCAGGGGCACCGUGUGCUCGCCGCGCCAGAUGCGGCAACUGGAGCAGCACCAGGCUCGGCUUCGGCAUCCCGCGCUGCUGCAAAGGUCGGCCACCUCCGCCUUUGGCGAGUCGGAGGUGGGCGUCCUGCGACUGCAGGACCUCUCCAGCUCGGAGUACGCGGGCCUGCUGGGCGUGGGCACCCGGGCCAACUGCACAGGGCGUUGCCCGGCUGCGCAGCUGCGGGUGAUCUACGACACCGGCAGCGCAGACCUCUGGGUGAACUCGGACCUCUGCACCUAUGGCCCCUGCUCCAUGGACGACCGGCACCGCUUCAAUCGCUCUUCCUCGAAGACCUACGAGCAGGCGAACAAACCGGAAGGCUUCCAGACGGAGUACGCCUCGGGCAGCAUCACAGGGGUCUUGGGCACGGACGAUGUUUGGCUUGGCCCUGUCGUGGUGAAGCAGCAGACGCUGGGCCUGAUCUCGCAGGAGUACGGGGAGGCCUUCACCUGGAUGCCCAUCGACGGCAUCGUGGGCCUUGGCUUCCGGGACCUGGCGGUGAAGACCAGGCCGCUGCUGGAUACGCUGGAAGAGCAGGCGCUGCCGCAUCCAGAGUUUGCCUUCUUUCUGCACCCGGACUUCACCAAGGGCGGUGCUUUGCUUUGGGGCAAAACCGAGCACUUGCGUCUGCACCAGGGUCCCAUGCGCUGGUUCCCCGUCGCGGAGGAGAAGUUCUGGUCCAUUUCGCUGCUGGGCUUCCGCCUGGGCCUCCACAGCGUCCAGGACCUGCUGCCGCUGCUGCUGCCCUACGUGAAGCGCCCCUCCGACGGCCCCCUGUCGCAGCUGCCCGAGGAUUCUCCAAGCCGGCGGCCCCCCGACGCGUUGGCCGUCCUGGACAGCGGCACCACCUUCUUCACCGCGCCGCCGCGGCUCUUCAACGAGAUCUCCCGCGCCGUUGGCCCAAGGAGCUGCGAUUCAAUCGCCGGCUUUCCCGAAUUCGUUUUCACCGUGGGCACUAACCUCUCCAACCGGAGUCAGACCUACGACCUCGUGGUGCCGCCCCAGAUGUACAUGACCCGGGACUAUGGAACGGAGCGCUGCGUCCCUGGGGUCAUGAGCAUGGGCCAGGGGUACCAGGAAAAGCCCUUCAUGAUCCUUGGGGAGGUCUUCAUGCGCCACUACUUCUCCAUCUACCAGAGGGGAUCGGAGGGCUCCUCUCGGGUCGGCUUGGCGCCGGCGCGGCUGGGCGCUGCCGCGGAACGGAUCCUGCAGUGA